AUGUCUGCUACAGUAGGCAUUGGUACUCCAGGCCCAACUGCGGGAUCUGGAAAACACGACUUGUCAGGGCUUUUAAGGACCGUGCAAGGCCAUGUUGAGGAUAUUCGAUCUCUGAUAUACUGUGGUGUUUGUGUCAAGCCACUCUACGAACCGUUCACACUCGCAUGCGGGCAUACUUUCUGUUACAGUUGUCUUACACAAUGGUUUGUGAGCCAUCGACGGAAAAAGACAUGUCCAGACUGUCGAGCAAUUGUGUCAACCCAACCUGCUCCAGCGUAUCUGAUCCGCGAAAUCGUGCAGAUGUUUAUCAGCCGAGCGGAGUUGCUAGAGAAUAAUGAAACCACAGCGGAACAUCUCUCGAACAAGCGUGCAGAGACUGAGAAAAUCGAAAUAGACAGGCAAAAUCCAGAUCCGUCCACUGGAGGUCUAUUCCAAGGAUGUUUCAAAUGCGCCGUACGCUUUAACCAACCAAUAAAUGACGUCAUGGAUGGUGUUACACGGUGUCCUCGAUGUGCUUGGGAGCUCGAAGAAGGGGGAUGUCUGCAUUGUGGCUUUGCGAUCGAGGGAUACACAGAUUCAGAGUACAUCACGGAUGAUGAUGCUUCGAUAACAAUUACGGAUGCAGCUGAUGAUAUCGAGGACGGAUUCUCGGCAAUUGAUGACGAUGGCAUGGACUGGAGCGAGUUUUACGGGGUAAAUGCUCCAGGUAACCAUUUUAACACACACCACCAUCAGCAUCAAUACCACCAGCACGAACAAGAUACCGACGCAUCGUCGAUAAUACAUGGCCACAUCUAUCGUAGCGAAGAUGAAGAUACCCAUGACUCUGACAUGUCAGAUUUUAUCGAUGACGGUCCUAUAGAAGAGGUUGGGGAAACCGAUCAUUCUACAGUGGUUGAUGAGAAUACCGUAAUUUCCGAUGGGGAGCUUGAUGGACACUCCACGGAGAAUCUCUCUUCCUCCGGAAGGUCGACAAGACCCCCUGUGCGACAAACAAUCACCCUUGACGAUGACGACGAUGACGAUGAGUAUGAAGAGGAAGAGGAAACAGAAGAGGAUAGAGAUGAUGCUGAUGCUGAUCAUGAUGAGGACGACGAGGACAACGAGCCCAUAAGAACACCAACAAGAGCAAUUCAACAAAGGCGUCAGAGGCGUCAAACAUCGUCCACUUCCUUUGAACGACCAAGCCGUCUCCUAAGCAGUGCAACAACUGUUAGCAGAAGGACAGUAGUUAGUGAUGAUGAUGAUGAUGAUGAUGAUGAUUAUGAUGACCAUCAUAGCGAUGAAAGCCACUUGAUUACAAACGUUUCAAAUCAAGCCCAGGCGUCGGGUUCACACGCCAAUAGCCCAAUCACACUUGACGAUGAUUCUGACGUCCCCAUCAGGCCAGCAAGAAGAAGACGAAGAGGAUCACGGCCAGAUCGGGUACGAUUCAAUCAGCGCCGAAGCCGUCGGACGAGAAGCCAGGCCAUGGUUAGUAAUUGCUGA